AGAGGGAAGCUGAUGGGACUGAGAAGCCAGUGGGAUUCGUUUCUAGAAGUCUGUCCCCAUGUGAACGCAAAUAUUCUCAGAUAGAGAGGGAAGCACUGGCAAUCGUUUUCGGGGUUACCAAGUUUCACGCGUACCUGGCCGGUAACAUGUUCUCGCUGGUCACCGACCAUAAACCUCUGGUGAUGUUGUUCGGUGAACAUGCUGACCUACCUGAGAUGGCGUCUUCCAGAAUCCGGAGGUGGGCGUUGAAGCUCUCGACGUACCGAUACGAGAUUCAGUACCGGCGGACUGAAGAGAUGGGCAAUGCUGAUGCCCUCAGCCGCUGUCCUCUGCCUGACUCGAACUCUUCGCAGGAGGAGGAUCUGGUGCUCCUGGUCGAUGAUCAACAGCUGUUUGACGCCAGGAAGGUAGCCCUCCUGACGUCUCGUGACCCGGUGCUGUCUCGGGUAAUGCGUCUUGUCCAGAGGGGUGGCUGGCCGCAGGUUACAAAUGCAGACCUGUCACCUUUUGCCUCGAAGCGUCUGGAGUUGUCUGUUUGUCGUGGAGUGCUGAUGUGGGGUCACCGUGUCGUCGUUCCCAGCAGGGCACGUGAAGCAGUCUUGAAGGAGCUGCAUGUGGCGCACCCUGGCAUCCGCCGCAUGAAGGCUCUGGCGAGAGGCUGUGUCUGGUGGCCUCAACUGGACCAGCAUAUUGAGCACAUCGUGAACUCCUGUCAAGCCUGCCAGGAAAGCCGACCUGCACCGGGACGUUCUCCAAUCUGCAUGUGGCCGUGGCCUGAGCGGGCAUGGUCGAGGAUCCACGUGGACUUCGCUGAGCCGAAGAAGGGAAGGUACGUCCUGAUCGUGGUGGAUGCUUAUUCCAAGUGGGUGGAGGCAGAGUGUUGUACCAGUGUCUCCUCCCAGACGACUAUAGCCAAACUGAGACAGAUGUUUUCAAGGUGGGGGCUACCGGACGUAAUCGUAACUGAUAACGCUACAUCGUUCACGUCAUCAGAUUUUGAGGAGUUCGUGCGCCAGAACGGCAUUCAUCAUAAGACCAUAGAACCUCGCCAUAGUCAGGGGAAUGGACUAGCUGAACGUGCUGUACAAGAUGUCAAACUAGCGUUGCAGAGGUCGAACAGUGACUGGGAGACUACGCUAUCACGAUGGUUGCUUUGCCAGCGUAUCACCCCGCACAGCACAACUUCCGUAGCCCCCUCAGAGCUGAUGGUGGGGCGUGUCCUCCGAAGUCGCCUGGACCUUCUGCACCCGGACCUGCGAACUGAGGUGAAGAAACAACAGGUGAUCCAAAAGGAAAACCACGAUGCUAAGGACGUUCUGCGCUGACUUCGGAGCCCGGUGACAUUCCUGCGGAAGGAGGGCAGCCAUCUCGGAAUCCGACGGCGGCGCUGCAGCCGUCUCGUCCGGGGGAGUCUGGCUUGGACGCGUCGCUGCCGCCGUUCAGCACACCUGGAGCGGCGCCUAGCGCUCCAGCAGCAUCGCCAUCGUCUUCGGCGCCUGCUCCGUCGGAGCCCCGGCCUGAGGCAUCAGAGCUCGAGCCCGCGUGUGUCGCCGGCGACGCUGGUGCACGGACGGAAACCCCACUGCGUUCGGGGCUCGGAGUGGAGGCUGGUGCAGGUGUACAGUCUCGUGUGUUGGACGAGGGUGGUGGUGUUCGUCGCGGAACUAGAGUGAGAAAGCAGACUAAGUUUUUUGGUUCCUAGCUCUGUUCAUAUUACUUGUGUUUUGUGAGGGGGCAGUGUAGUGAACUAUGGUUCACGCCUCCCCCCACCUGUGGCCUGAGUGCGCCGCUGCGCCUCCCUUAUCGGCCGUCCCUGUGUCCGUCCCUGCGCGGUGUCCGUCCCUGCGUGUCGCGGCGCAUGUGCCUCGGGCGGUUUUGUGUGGCCUGGCGCGGC